GCAGCCGAUUAAGUUGCCUACUUGUCGCCUGAAAAUGUUGAUUUUUUUGCUAGAAAAUUAGACGGUAGUUCAUUUCAAUUGACAUUUCUUUAUAAUUUUUUGAAAUUCACAAAUUCAAAUUGAAGGUCUAGAUCAAGCACUUGAUAAUAAAUUAAAGAGACGCUACAAUUAGCUCGUAUACUGAACGUCUAAAUGAUAUUUCCAAUACUAUGAUCCUCUCCCGCUUCUUUAAAAACACAACUUCUGAAUUAUGAGCGAUAUUUUCGAAUAAAAAUUGAACGAUAGCCAAGUUGAUUUUAAAUUUUGACCUUUCAUGACAAUCAGUGGAACAUUUUCGAUCAUGUGAGUAACUAUGCAUUGGUGAAGGCAGGUACUUAGAAUCGUUCUCGUUGCAAAGUAGUGUAUUUUUGUGCCGAUAAAAAAAAAACAGUUGUGGGCCUGCAUUUGGUCUUACCUCAAAUAACAAACAGAUUACCAUGAAAUUAAUUUUUAGUUCAAAACUUUUUAAGCAAUGAUGAAAAAACCUAAAACUGGUUCAAUGUGCCCGACCCUACUGUACUCGUAAGACGUCUUGAAUAUUUGACAGAGGUACAGAUUAGUCGGAACUUGUAGCAAUCAAUAGUUUCAAAUUCAUCAUGUUGCAAAAAAUUCCAAUGAAUGGGACAACAAAACAGAUAUGUUUUGCAUUAAUAACAUUGCUAAUUUACGUUUCGAUCGGAGUCAGUCGUAGUUAUGUAGCAUUUUUAUUCCAUCAACUGGAUCAACCUGAUUCCAAGUUACAUUUAACAAACGAUGAAAAAACAUGGAUAGGUUCAGGAGUUGGUUUAUUAACACCGGUGGGUAGCUUGGUGUCAGGAUAUUUGAUGGAUGUAAUUGGAAGACGAUCUUGUAUCCUGUUAAUGUUUGUUCCAUUCCUAUUUUCGUGGACUUUGGUCAGUGUGGCAUCAUCUUAUGGAAUGUUAUUUUCAGCCAUGAUAAUUAGCAGUAUUGCUUUAGGAAUGGGUUCAUCGAUCAUUCCAUACGUAUCAGAAAUAUCAACAGCAAAACACCGAGGCAUUUUACUCGCUUUGGUCGACACCACUUUGAACUUGGGUGUCAUCUUAUGCAGUCUAUUAAUGGUAUUUCUCAGAUGGAACAUCGUUAGUAUAAUUUUUGGCUGCAUGUCUGUGGUCAGUUUACUCCUGACAUUAAUGUUACCCGAAUCUCCAGUUUGGUUAUACUCGAAAGGUAAAAAAGAACAAGCUAUCGAAAUACUCGAAGCUCUAAGAUCGAAAAACCGAUCCGAGUUAAACGACGAGAUAAAAGAUAUGGAAAAUUCGUACGAUUCCAGCGAUAAAAAAGGAGGAGGAUUAGCAGACACUUUGAAAAAAUGUUUUCGCGCCUGGAGACAGUUUUCAAUAGCUAUUUUAAUUUUCUUAUUAAUUAUUUUAGCCGGCCCUUUGAUUUUUCUAUCCUACACCGUUCUUAUAAUCGACGAAUUAAAAACUCCUUACGACGGAGCCAAAUUAGCUGUGAUUUAUUCCAUAGCUGGAUUUUGUGGCAGUUUUCUCACUCCUUUUUUCAUACAUAAUUUUAAAAGAAGAGUAGUUCUGAUUAUUUCAGGCGGUGGUAUGGCUAUCAGUAUGUUGGGAAUAUCGUUGUAUGAGAUUUUCUAUUUAGAUGCGAAUAAUGAAAACAAACCUUUUGUUUGGAUUAUUCCAGUUUUUCUAUGCACGUUUAAUCUGUUAAAUAAUAUGGGUGUUUUUCCACUUGGGUUAGUUAUUGGUGGUGAACUUUUUCCAUUGGAAGUUAGAGGUACCUUGCAGGGAUUUUUUGGAUUUACUAUUAGCGCUGCUUGGGCUAUAAGUUUGAAGUUUUAUCCUUUGGUUAUGUUCAAUUUUGGUAUUAGAACUAUGCUGUGGUGUUUUACUUUGUUUAGUGGGUUACUCGUAUUUUACGCUAUUUUUAUCCUACCUGAGACGUAUGGAAAAACUCUGAACGAAGUGCAGGAGCAAUAUUUUAGUAAAAAUAAAAAUAAGUCCAAGGAUGAUAUGAAAAUUUAACUGCAGACAUUUGUGUGAUAGACUGAUAGUAUUUUAGGUAGUACCUACCAAUGUGAAAGUAUUUUUGUGAUUUUGUGUGAUUGAAUAUUUUUAAAACAUGUUUUUAUACUUAUUUAUUAAGUCUUUGUUGUAUUUUAUGAUUUAUGCUUAGAUAAAUAUAGCUUUUUGAUUCGUAA